AUGCUGCUUAAGUCAUUUGUUCUACUGGCGUGUGCCAGCUGCGCGCUCGCGCAUGGCGACCAUGACCACGACCAGGCUCCCAUCGAAGGACCUCACAAGUCUCUCUGGUACAACACCCUGCCAGGCGACGGUGGCACGCAGGCCGACUCUGUCUUCUCCGGCAUCUCGACCUUCGGCCGCCUGCCCUACUUCCCCUGCUUGACCAGCGACGAGGAGAAAUAUGACAUUGCAUUCCUUGGCGCACCAUUCGACACGGGCACUUCAUACCGACCAGGAGCUCGAUUUGGACCCAGCGGGAUCAGGCAAGGUUCUCGACGCCUCAAUCUCUACGGCGGGUAUAAUGUACCUAUGAAAUCCAACCCCUUCAACUUCUGGGGCAAAGUUAUUGAUUGCGGCGACAUCCCAGUUACCUCAUACGACAACCACUACGCUCUGCAGCAGAUCGAAGACGGGCACAACACUUUGCUGAUGCGGACGCCGUACACGGCCGCAAACGAACCGGGUAUCUCCAAGGCAGGCAAGACUCUACCACGCAUCAUCACCUUGGGUGGUGACCACACAAUCACGCUGCCCCUCCUGCGAUCGAUCAACAAAGCCUACGGCCCGAUCAGCGUGAUCCACUUCGACUCGCACCUCGACACGUGGAAGCCCAAGGUCUUUGGCGGGGCGCCGUCCAAGCAAGCGGCCAUCAACCACGGGACGUACUUUUACUGGGCGUCCGAGGAAGGCCUUCUCGCCAACGACAGCUCGAUCCACGCGGGGAUCCGCACCACGCUUUCGGGCCCUUCGGACUACGAGAACGACGGCUACUGCGGCUUUACGAGGGUGGAGGCCCGCGAGAUCGACACGAUUGGCAUGCACGGCAUCAUUCGCCGCAUCCGCGACCGCGUCGGCACCGACAGACCUGUCUACUUGUCCAUCGACAUCGACACGCUCGAUCCGGCCUUUGCCCCCGCGACGGGAACUCCGGAGACUGGGGGGUGGAGCACGCGCGAGCUGCGUACCAUCCUGCGCGGCCUCGAGGGCCUGAAUUUUGUCGCUGCAGAUAUUGUCGAGGUUGCUCCGGCCUACGAUACAAACGCCGAGCUGACCACCAUGGCCGCCGCGGACGUGCUCUACGAGGUCAUGACAAUCAUGGUCAAGAACGGGCCUUUGACUAAGAAGGCUGCCCAAGGAGAGGGCAAGUCUGAAGACUUUGCUCUGCCCGAGUUCGCGGAAGAGCUGAAAUAG